CUGAUUAUUCCUACUGCUGCUCAACCAGGCAAUUCUUCUGCCUAAUCUACCAACAGGAAACUACUGUGCUUAUAUAAGCAGCCAGUGUUUUAAAAUGGCUGUGGCAAUCAAGCACCUGCUGGCUGCUUGACUCAGCCCUUAAAGCAGCAGGCACCGCAAGUGCAUCAUCCAGAUGAGAAGGACUCUUCGACACAUCAUAAUGCAGGGCCGUGUGGACCAGGAACCAAGAGAUGGGCUCUGUUCCUCCUGGCCUGUUGUGAGCAAAGCUAGUCACCUGUUUCCCUACCUGGACAAUAAGUCUAAGUUUCUACCUUCAUAAAAGAGCUUUGGCCAGUAUAAAAUUCCCGGGUUAGUGCUGAAGAAGAAGAAGAAGAAUAGACUAUGUGAAACCGAAAGCUGUCAGUACAACAUAAACCACUGCUAAAAAUGGUUUAGAAAUGAAGAAAGAACAUGCCCCAAUCCCUUCUCUCCCCAUGGCUAAAUGUCCAUAUCUAAACAGCUGCACAUUUCAGAUGAAAGUGGCUGGUGGUCAAACGCCUGCUUCCCUUUCAAAGAGCGAAUGUGGGAAACCCAAUUUAAAUGGCUGUUCCAGAGCCAGUGAGAAAGGCAGUGACUCAAAGGGUGUUAACUUCCUGCGUCCAAGGGAAAGCUGCAAGGUUACAUUUGACUUUUCCAAGCCCUACACCACUUCCCACUCCAGGAUGGCAGGUUUCCCUGCCCUGCUGCUCCUGCUGGCACUAACAGGGACAUCUGUAGAACAGGACAUAGAGGUGCAGAAGAAAGUGCAGGGAGACUCCCUUCAUACAGGAUGUUCUUACAACAAGCACAAGUAUUCACUGGAGAAGAAAUACUUGUGUAAGGAGCUGUCAAGGAAUUGCCCAGUUUUAGCCUCGAUCUCCCCAGCAGGUGGAAAGAAUGACCCUCACCCUGCAACAAAAAACACAAUCAGCCUCAAAGACACGGGAUAUGGCUGGAUUUCUGUGAUCAUGAUGGCACUCCGAGUAGAGGAUUCGGGAACGUACCAAUGCAAGCUUUAUGAUUCUCUGAAGAGUAUCAUACUGAAGCGAAUAAAAGUGCUGGUCGCUUAUGAGGCUCCCCUGAGGUUAUCUGCAAAUGAAGGAGACUCCAUCUCUCUGAAUUGUUCCUAUACUGUGAUGGGCGAGAGGAGGAGCCACCAAUAUUUUACCUUGUGUAAAAUGGUAACCACAACCAAUUGUCAACCUGCCAUCAGAAUGAACUACUAUUACAAUGUUCACACAAGCGGAAAGAUCAGGAUAACUAAUGACCAGGAGAACUACAUGAUCACGGCAACACUGAGACAGCUCCGGUACCAGGACUCCGGAGAGUAUCGCUGCUGCAGCCAUUUCAUGAGCCAAAACAUGUUCCUGCGGGCAAUUCACCUGGUGGUUUCAAAAAAGCCCUGGAAUCCCAGUAGUGUUUUAGAAGUUACCUCAUCCCCCACCAGCAGCAGAGGGGCCAUCCAUCCCACUGUGGCCAGCAACGAGCAGCAGAGAACUCUGUAUAUUGUUGUGGUGCUGGGUGUCCUUCUGGCCAGUGUUGCACUGAUUACUGCCUUCACACUCCUUGCCCUGACUUUCAUCAAAAGGAGAGAGGCAGGCAAGUUCUUCUACCACUCAUCUCUCAUACCAGAGUCCAUCUCCCACCCCCCUGACUCAAGCUGAAUAGAAGCGAAAGGAGUCAUCUGUGUGUCAUCACAGCAGGUGGCUGGAAACACAAAACUUCAGUAGGUUCAAAGUGGUGGGCAGACUUUAUGCUAGGCCUUUGCUUUAUUUCUAGACAUAGGUAAAGUAUAAAGGGUGAAAAGGCAGCUUUCACAUUAAAUGGUGAGUCUGUUGUUCACAGCAGAAGAUGGACUGAGCUUUGGCAGAACUCCUGGUUGCAGACUUGCAGUGUUUCAGGUAAGAUGCCCCUUGAAGAUCCAGUGUUCCUAGCACUUUUCUUGGUUUCUCCAUGCACCUACAUAAAGCAGGGGUAAGUUGUACUGUCAACUUUUAUACCAAGAGCUGGGGUUCUUGGCUUCCUGUCCACACUGCUGCCAUUACACAGGGCAUCGCAGGGAUGCACUGUACUCAAAGGUACAACUCCAGCACAGGUGGGCCUUCCCUAGCUACCAGGUCCAGUCCACAAGAGCAGUGAAGCCGUGGGAGCACAGACUGGCCUCAUCUCCAACCCAGGGUCUGGAUAGCUCUAGAGUCCAUGCUGAAGCUCAUGCUGGCUUGGCUACACUGUUCUCAAUACCUGAGCUAAGUCGGAUCUGGUCUGUCUACACAUGCUGCCACUAUACCUUUGACUGCCAUGUAGCCGUACCCCAGUUCAGUAACUUAAGCAAGUCACUUAGCUUCUGCUGUCUCAGCUUAUGUACCUGGAAAACAAGUAUUACAUUUGCAUCUAGCACUGUGUGUGGGGAAAGUUUAAUGCCCUUGAUCUGCUGUAAGUUCUGAAUAGAUUCUACGGUUUACAUUCGCAAAGUGAUACAUGAUUGUGAUGCCUUCAUGUUACUGAUGGAGUCAACUGUGGGUACCAUCUCCUCACGCCUCGAUGUAGGUCUGUGGCCGAGUGUUCUCCGAGCAUCCCAAGUAUGUAUUUCACCUACACCACUCCCCCAGUUGCAGAGUCUAGAGAGAUUUCCUAGCUAUGGUGAAGUGAGAACAACAUUUGGGAAGAAGAUAUGUUAAAAAUAAUCUAGAAUUCCUUUUUAAUUUCCUAUUAUUUGUGGAUUUCCAGAAGGAUGAAAGCAGUGGAGGUACCACAUCAGAUGGGGAAAUGGAGAGUGAUGUAACAUAUGCCGUCCUGAAGUGCCAGACCAAGCCAGAGCCAGAAAAUGUAAAUGCAAAAGUAAAGGCAAAGCCAAAAGCCUCCCAAGAUCCCACUGAGCCUGGAGCUGUCACAUCUUCCUUUGGGCUUGUAGAAUAUGCAACUGUCAUCUUUGGAACCAAGCCUCCACCUUUAAAGCCUAGAAACAAACAGAUCCGUGAAAACCCAGUGCCAUGAAAGUUUGAACGUGUUCACAGCUAUUCUCCUCAACUUCUAUUGCAGAAAUAACCUGUUUGCGUACAGUUGCUGAAAAUUAAAUGCAUCUUGUAACUUCCUAAAUAAAGAUUGCAUUGUGGGGCA